GCAGCAAAAGGUGGCCAUAAUGGAAAACAGAGGAGGCCACCUGUUGCCACCUCUCCUUUCAGGCCUUGGCUCUCUUUCCAUCUCCCAAAACCUCUCUCCACCAUCCAAUCUUCCAUCACCCUGCCUCCAGUCCACCCGCCAUCGCCUGCCGGCAAGUCUCUCCGGCGAUCAUGGAAUUAUGAAAACAAUCAAAAGAGUGUAGAAAUCAAGUCGACCAAUUAACACUUGGUUUCAUUUCCAACUGGAUGUCAACCCAAGAUCCGUCUUGUGAUAUGACAAAAUCCAGCUCUAGUAAUGAAAAUUCUGUCAAGAACGAUAAAAAGAAAAAGUCCAUUAUACCAAACAUUUUCAGCAAGAAGGGGAAGAAUGGGAGAACUGAAGAUGAUGAUAUAUUCCCGGGGAGGGAUAUUGUUUAUGAUUUAGAGAGGAGGUAUAUGGCAAAGCGAAGUUUCGUGGAUGCGUCUCCAUUUAUAAGAAAAAGCUUUUCAGAUAGACACUCGAGUUCACGCAUCGAAGGUCUGAAUCUGUGCACCUUCGAACGGCCAUGCUGCCAAGCUUCUGAAAUUCAGGAAUUUCGGAUAUUUGUGGCAACAUGGAAUGUUGGGGGGAAGUCUCCACACAAUGGCAUCAACCUAGAAGAUUAUCUACAAGUAGAAGGAUCUUCAGACAUCUAUGUCUUAGGGUUUCAGGAAAUAGUUCCUCUAAAUGCAGGGAAUGUGUUGGUCAUUGAGGACAAUGAACCUGCUGCAAAAUGGCUCGCCCUCAUCAGCCAAGCUCUCAACAAGCCCCGAGACCAGUCCUCCAGAGAUGACCCCUCUGAUGUCAACAGUGGCUCAAAACAAAGUAAAGAUUCCAAGUCGACGAGCGGUCUCCUCUUCUUCCAAAAGCCUUCACUCAAAGUCCUCAGCAAGAACUAUCGUGUCGAUAGUGCCCUUGUCAAGACCUGCAACUGUGCUUCUGAGCCUUCCGGUGUCCGACGAAGGGCGAGAGAGCUCAGGGAGCUCAUCCAGAGGAUUGAGUCCACUGAUGAGGACUCUCCAAUGACAAAGUUUGGAGGCUCUGAUCAGAGAAACCAGAUGAAUUACUGUCUUAUCUCAAGCAAGCAAAUGGUUGGCAUCUUCCUCUCUGUGUGGGUCAGGAGUGAGCUGGUGCAACACAUUGGCCACCUUAGGGUGGCCACCUUGGGGAGAGGGAUCAUGGGAUGCCUUGGUAACAAGGGAUGCAUUGCCAUGAGCAUGUCACUACAUCGGACAACCUUUUGCUUCGUUUGCAGCCAUUUGGCUUCAGGAGAGAAGGAGGGUGAUGAGUUAAGGAGGAACUCUGAUGUCAAUGAGAUCCUGAAGAGCACACAGUUUCCAAGGAUUUGCAAGACCCCGGGUCGUCGAAUUCCUGAAAAAAUCCUUGAACAUGAUCGAGUGAUAUGGUUGGGUGAUUUGAACUACCGUGUUGCACUAAGCUACGACGAGACAAGAGUACUUCUGGAGGAUAAUGACUGGGAUGCACUCCUAGAAAGGGAUCAGUUAAAAUUAGAGAAAGAAGCAGGCAGAGUAUUCAAUGGUUGGAAGGAAGGGAAGAUCUAUUUUGCUCCUACUUACAAAUACUCACACAACUCAGAUUCUUAUGCUGGAGAGACAGUAAAAUCGAAGAAGAAGCGUAGAACACCUGCAUGGUGUGAUCGAAUAUUGUGGCGUGGGAAUGGAAUAGAACAGAUGCAGUACAUAAGAGGGGAGUCGAGAUUCUCCGAUCAUAGGCCUGUCUGUGCUGUAUUCAUAGCUCAGGUUGAGAUGAGCAAUGAUGGCAGAGGCAGAAUGGUUUACUCCAGUGUCCAAUCGAGGAUUCCUUUUGAUGAACUUAUACCUCAGAGACACAGCUUCUAUGAGCUCUAAAAGAGAGAUCUCUCUUGUUGUGUAUACUUACAUAAUGAAGAAAGGUUGUAUCUGUGUCCAUAGGUUGCUUAUAGCUCUCAAAUUAAUUCCAUCUCCAAAACAAGCACAACAAAGUUGGUUUUGGCAUGUGAAGUAGCUGUCAGGAACUUGAGUCUUCUGUAUCUUUUUUCCCCCAAAAUUUCUUUUAAGGAUAAUGGGAAAAACAUGUAACAAAAACCAUAUAUAUCACAACAGACACUAAUAUAAGGGCAUCAGUAAAUACACUGACCUCCUUUUUAUGGUACAUCCA